CAAAAUUCUUCUUGCGUGACGUCAGGCCAGUUCGCGCCAUUUGUCACGUGAGCUAUGAACAAAAUGGCGACGUCCAUGUUUUGAAAUUUCCUUGGUCACUUUUUGUCUCAAAAGUUACAAAUCCGAAAGGUGGUUUGAUAUGAAGUUGACGCGUGAUGAAGCUUAUGAGGUCCUGGAACUGCCACUUGGAGCUGACGGGGACUCCAUCCGCACUAGUUACAAGCGUCUGGCGCUGAAGUGGCACCCAGAUAAACAUGCCAACGAUCCAGAGGCCACAAAAAAAUUUCAAGAAGUGUCUGCUGCCUAUAAAAGAUUGUCAGCUGAUGACGAUGAUGACAGUGACUUUGAAAUGAGUCCUCAAGACAUGUUUGACCUGUUUGCAAGGAUCUUCAUGGCCAGCCGGCUUAAUAUGUUCGUGCCUCUAGGUGGCUUCAACCCUUAUAACGGCCACUUUGAAUCAGACAGCAGUGACUACACAUCUGAUGAUGGGGAUACAGACAUUCUCAACAUCAUGGCUGACAAAAUCAAACAGAGAGUAGAUGCACGGAGAUUCAACAAACAGCCGGAUGUUGGCAGACCUGCUCAUAGAUUGACAGAAGAUCAAGCUAGAAAAAAUGCAGAGGAACUUAUAGCUGAAGAGGAGAAAAGGAAAAAGGCAGCAGAGAAGAGAAGAGCUAAGAAAAAGAGAAGAAAGGAAAAGAAAAGACAAGAAAAGGAAAAGAAAGAAAAAGUAGAUGAAAAAAUUGUAGAACCAGAAGAAGGAGAAGAGGAAGAUACAGAUGAGCCAGAAGAUGCAGAUAGUAAAAAGUCCUUCCACCAAACAGAUAAGAUAGUAGCAAAUGGGAAAGUUGAGUCUUCCACAAAAAAUCCCAUGAGUGAUAGCAGAAGUAAAAAGAAGAAAAAGGAUAGCAAAAGAGUUGUAGAUGAGUCCUCAUCUUCAGAAGAAGAGGAGCCUUUUUUCGACCCAAAUAGUGCAUUUGUGGCCAAUGCUGCCAAGAAAAGUGUGCAAGCUGCAGCAGCAUCCAGCAGCAAAAGUGCAGGUCCCUCUAAAAAAGAAAAGGCAGUUAAUGGCCAGGAGAGAGGUAGAAAAGAGAGAAAAGAGCAAGAAGAAGAAACAAUAGAAGAGCUAGACCCAGUAGUUUUAAAAAGCAGACAGAUUGCAGUACGUGGAAAUGAGAUGGCAAACCAUGGGCAUUAUGGUAAUGCAGUAGAACUCUUCACAGCAGCCAUUAAGUUGGACCCCUCAGACUUCAGGUUCUUUGGGAAUCGAUCCUACUGCUUUGACAGGAUGGGCCUCUAUGACAAGGCUCUGUCGGAUGCAGGGAAAGCCAUAGAUAUCGCCCCGGACUGGCCAAAAGGAUACUUCAGAAAAGGUCGUGCCUUGGCAGGAUUAAAAUUAUUUGCAGAUGCCGAACGAGCAUUUGAAAAGGUGCUAAAACUGGACAGGAACUGUGAAGAUGCCAUGCAAGAACUUCUAAGAGUCAGGACUCAGCAGCUUAUGGAAAUGGGAUUCUCCCGCCAACAGAGCGAACAUGCAAUCCGGGUGCAUGGAACAGUUCAGGCAGCUUUAGACUCUCUACUAGCAGGUGUUGUUCAGGAAUCUAGUCUCUCUCAAGAAGUUUACCUGUCUGAUGAAGAAUUUGACCACUAUAGCAACGUGCCUACAUUCACAGAAGUCCUCCCAUCGGGGACAGCCAGGGCUGGCAGUACAAAGCCUCCAGUGGACGGUGUAACAGCUCUCUGGGUGGGCAAUGUACUUCCUAAAGUCAAAGAAGAGCAAAUAAGAAAAUUAUUCAAAAAAUAUGGGGAGAUCACAAGUGUGCGCAUGCUGUCCGACAGAUACUGCUGCUUUGUCAACUUCAGAUCAAAAGAUGCUGCAGAGUUGGCAUUGAAAGGGCUACAGGGACAUGAGUUAGAAGGCCAACACCUACUGAUAAAGUACCCGGACAACCCCAUAGUUAACGGACAGCGCACCACAGUCCUGAGGAAAACAAACAUCACCGUCCCCACAACAACACCAACCAACAGCACCACCACAGUCAAGCCCACCUCUGCUAUCCCACAACAGCCCAAAGCUAAACAACCUUCCAACAAUCAGAAGAGCCAAGCUAACAGGGAACAGCAACGGGAACAACAGCAGUCACGGGGGAAAGCAAACCCGGCCAUGCAGGUGGCCACUGCUCAGCAGAACAGCAUGAGGACAGAACAGCCCACCCAGGCACUAGAAUUGGACAAGAAGUCAGGGCCAGUAAAAACAACCAAAGGGGAUGAGUGUUACUUCUGGCGGACCACAGGUUGUCAUUUUGGGGACCGCUGCAUCUACCAGCACAUUCCAGAGAGCAAGGGCUGUGAGAAGAAGCCCUGGCAUAAAUAGCCAUUCCCUCCCUCCACACACUCAUGUACAUGGAGAAUGUCACAUCAUGGAAUAAGCUUACACAGCAUUGAUAGAGGUGCUGGGAGUGUCUGAAGCAUUCACAAAGAGACUAGUAAAGAAAAACCCAUGUUUACUUGUGAAGAUUGUCCAAGGUAUGGAUUGUGGAGUGUCUCGUAGGCAGACAAAUGUGAUGGCUGUAUUCUGGUAUGGCAGGACAUCCCAAGACCUCUACUGAAAUGUGUGGCUUUGUUGAUAUAUAUUUUUUUUAGAACUGUGCCAGCUGAAAAUUCAAUCUCUGGUAUACUUUGUAAGGUCACAGUACAUGUACAUCUCACAGCUCCUGAAGAAUUAACCAUUUACUCAGACACUGCAAGAUAAGUGUUACAAUAUCCAAGUGUUACAGCAUAAACAUGCUACCUGGUACUUUUGUACUGUAUAUGAAUAGUCCAUCAAUUUAAAGGUCAUUAUUUAGUGAAAUAUUAGCCUGCGCGUAAUUUAUUCUUCAAAAUAAUCAUGCAUCGGCAAGAAAUUAGUUAUCUUUUCAUGGUCCUUUGCACCUGCCUUUUGUUUGUUUAUCUGCAUACAGUAAUAUGUUUGGUUGAAUUUUGGUGUGGAAAACCUGCCAAUGGGUCGCAGCUGCCUAUAGUUUACCCAAGAGCAAACAAGCCCUUUUCUCUGUGUCCAUUCCUAUGCAAGCUGAGGAGCCCAACUGACAAGUUUGGUUGGCUAAGGGGUUUGUGUACCACUCUACAUUUGAUGUAUCAUGGUGAUUCCCAUGGCUGACACUCCCAGUUGGACAAAACAUCCACACUUUGGUUCAGCUGCUUACAAAGGUCUUUUUCCAGGGACUUUUGAACAUACAUUUAACUCUUAGUUAGAACACUUUUUGCACAACCUGGGUUUCCAGCUUGACAUUCCUGUUAUUCGCAAGAAAACUUGUGAUGUAACAUUGAUGCUGUUACACUAUUGUCAGCUGUAGAAGACCAAAUCUACAUUCUGUCUACGGCAUUCCAUGUGGACCUUAAUUGCAACCUUAGUGCAGAUGUUGUCUUGAAUCCAGGACCCCCAAAACAUUAUGGAAGUCCAAGCUAGGAAUCUUGCAGCUUGACCAUAGAUAAUGUAGCAGGUUACUGGCCACAAGCCCUGGUAGGUCCCAAGGUAGCAUGGGACCAAUUCAUAGCUUCCAUUUCUGAUAUUUCCUUAUUGAAGAGUUUCUGUAAUCAUGAUCUAAUUAUUGAUCCUGUCAGCCAAUCGACUUGAACCGUUAUUAUGUACUAACCAAAAACAUUUAUUUUUGUUGUUUUCUUUAUGCACACUGUUGUUAAUGUUGCUGUUUUUGUUGUCCAGGCAACUGUAAGAUGAGGAUGGCCAGGAAGGGUCUUGAAUGAAGGCAUAUAAAAAUGUUCCAUUCCUACUACCGGUAUUGUUUCUCAGCCAGCUUCUGAUAACAUAUUUUAGGCCAUCUACCUUUCUUCAUCAGGAAUGUUGUGCAAUUCGAUAAAUUUCACGGCAGUUUUGUCCAUUUGCCCCACACAGUAUGUCCUUCCUGGUCUAACCUCAAGUAUGGGCAAUCCAGUUUUGAGUAAAAGUACACAGUAUGUAAGUUGCUUAUGAUAAUUAAAGCUAUGCAUUACUACACUAGACAUGAAAAUUUAUUAACACUUGGAGUGCAUAUUGUACUUCAGGAUUGCAGGGCUAGGCUCAAUGUCAAUGAUUUCCUCUGUGAUAUUGAUUUGUUUUACAAGUUGAUAAGAAGAAUACCAUUUCUUCCAUCUUGUUAUGACAGCAGAUGUGAUGGUAAUACAAUGUGGAGAAGCCAUCCUGUGGUGUACGUGGAAAUGUCAUGAUCUUUGAGAUGCCAAUCACUUAUAAUAUAGAUUAACACAGUGCCAAGAUAGUUGCAGCUUUAUUGCCAAGUUAGAUAUAGAUGAACCUAUAUUGUUUGUCCAUCCAAAUUAAGUACAAGGUCAUUGCCUCAGCUGCUGGGUAAAUGUUACCUGUUCUAGAUAUUGCUUGACUUAUACAAGAACAUAGCAUUUUGGAAAUGAGUAAAUUCUAAGGGUUUUCAUGCAUUAGCUCACAAGCUGAGGCAAUACCUUAACUUCUUUUUGUUUCUUUGUACAUGAAAAGUUUUCUCCUGUCAAACAAAUGAAUGAUUCUCUGCUCAAGUAACCCACAAAUGUUGCUAAUAAGAAGAAGCAAAAUAUCUGAUUUUUAUACUGAAUGACAGGUGAUAAUAUCUGGCUUAAUAAACAGCUUUAUGCAGAAAU